UAUUUAUUCAUCUGUUUAUUUUUUAAAAUUUGUUUAUUUUUUAGCUGACACUAAAACACUUUAUUACUAAUUCCAAUCCUGAGUUUGCAUACCAGAAAAUUAAAAUAAUGUAAUGCAGGGAUGCAAAUUGCUUUAAGAACCCUUUUCAGCAGCUUAUAAGGCUGCAGAAGAAUUCACAAGGGGCUCCUAAGGCACUGAGAGUACCGUGCAAUUCUGAAAGAGUUACUGCGCUCAAAGGGAACACAGAACUCUGACUUUCAUAACUAACCUCUCACAAAUUUCUGCUGUUUUCGCUCUCUAGUCUGCUUUUCAAUACUGAAAUGUGUAGAUUAUGUAGCUUUAUAUUUAUUUUUAUCUUACCAUUAACUUUGUGUCAGCUGCUUUGUGGCUGUUUAAGCAGAACGUUGAUGUAAUUGCUCUGUUUGUCAUCUCUUCUUGUUCCAGGCAAUGGGCCGCACCACGACCGUUGCUGUAAUUACGAUGAAAACAACUUGGUGGAUGGUGUUUAUUGUCUCCCAAUAGGACACUGGAUCGAGGCCACUGGACACACCAAUGAGAUGAAGCACACAACAGACUUCUAUUUUAGUAUUGCAGGCCACCAAGCCAUGCAUUAUUCAAGAAUUCUACCAAAUAUCUGGCUGGGUAGCUGCCCUCGCCAAGUGGAACACGUAACCAUCAAACUGAAGCAUGAAUUGGGGAUUACAGCUGUAAUGAAUUUCCAGACUGAAUGGGAUAUUGUACAGAAUUCCUCAGGCUGUAACCGCUACCCAGAACCCAUGACUCCAGACACCAUGAUCAGGCUGUACAAAGAAGAAGGCUUGGCCUACAUCUGGAUGCCAACACCGGAUAUGAGCACUGAAGGCCGGGUGCAGAUGCUGCCGCAGGCCGUGUGCCUCCUGCAGGCGCUGCUGGGGAGCGGACACACCGUGUACCUGCACUGCAACGCGGGGGUCGGCCGCGCCGCGGCGGCCGUGUGCGGCUGGCUGCACUACGUGCGGGGCUGGCAGCUCAGGAGGGUGCAGUACUUCCUCACGGCCCGCAGGCCCGCCGUGUACGUGGACGAGGAGGCCCUGGCCCGGGCGCAGGAAGACUUUCUCCAGAAGUUUGGGAAGGUGCGCCCUUCCGUGGGCAGCGUGUAG